AGCGGCCGGGAGGAGGCGGCGGAGCCCCGGGCCGGUCUCUCCCCGCAGGGCCGGUGCAAUCACUGCCGUUACGGCCUCGGCCCUGCCCUGCUCCAUGGGGACUGAGGUGCCCCUGGGGGCCCGGGGCCGUGACUCAGGGCCCGUGUUCUGUGGGGUUGCUCCUGAGAUUAUCGAGGACACCCUGAUCCACUUGGCCACGGAGAACGAGCAGUACCUGAGCGAGCUGCCCGAGCAGGCCGGGUGCUUCAAAGAGACGCGGAUCGUGGAAUUUAUAUUCCUUUUGGCUGAAAAAUGGCACUUGGACCUGCCCACACGGUACCAGGCAGUGGAAUUACUUGAACGGUUCAUGAUCAAGCAGGUAGAGCAGAUGUGUGAUGGCAGAGGGAGCACAAAAGGCCAGAGGAGCAGCUGGAGCUCUGUCAGGGAUCAGAUCACCAACACCUUUGUCCUGAGACUCGUGUCCUGUGUUCAGCUUGCCAGCAAACUCUCUCUGCACUACAGUAGAGUGACCAGUGACACAGCUUUAACAUUUCUGCAAUCCAUAAAAUACUCCUACACUAAGCAGGAAUUGCUGGAGUCAGAGCUUGCUGUUUUAAACACUCUGCAGUUCCACAUCAACGUGUCAACCCCCUUGGCCUAUGUGGAAUUGCUCCUGGAGGUUCUAGGAUACAAUGGCUGCUUGCUUCCUGCCAAGCCUUUACACCAGCUGUGUGUGCAGCUGCUGGACCUCUGCUACCUGACCAGAGAGACCAUCUAUGACACCCUGCUGAAGAUUGCCAUCGAGAACUCCACACCCAGCAAACUGCAGAUAGCCAAGUUUUUAACAGUGAAGGAAGAUUUCAUGCUCCUGGCUGUUGGAGUUAUCAGUACAGGGGUGUUCAUCCUGAGCCCUGGGCACUGGGAGCAGGUACAGUCACUGCUGAAGGCAUUGGCUCCACGGGAACACGGUGCCAAGGUGGUUUAUCUGUUCCAGCACAGCAAAACACAGUGCCAAGGCUGUGGAGCAUUUAAACUGCAUCACUGGCAUCACUGCCCAGAGCAUCCUGGAGUUCUCCUACGCCGUGGUGAGGCGCGUGGUUGGCAGCACCACACCCGAGCAGCACCGUGGCACCAGAUCCCCUCAGGACAGAAUCCCUCCUCAGAAAUAGAACCACCCUGUCCCUCCAGUCACUGGCCCAGCAGCAGGAGCUGUCACACUGCUGACAGCUGUCCCUGCUCUGUGACACUGCCCAGCGCAGCUCAGGGUUACCUGAAUUCUGUCAUGUGUUAAUUAGCAAAGCUUGUCCUGCUGGGCAUCACAGUCAUGCUCUGGAAGGAGGCUCAACAGCACCACAGUGUUUAGAAAUGCCCUUAG